AUGGAUCGGCCAUACACCAUCCGUCGCGUCCGCCGAGUCUUGAAUGCAAAGGCCUUCACCGACACGAUCGGUUUCAGGGACUCGCUGCAGCCCGACGAUCUCAAGGGAUUCUGGAAGGGGGUCAACUCGAAGGCAUUGACGGCGAGGGAACGCGAGGUGUGGUUCAAGCUCGUCAGGAACUUCACCCCGACUCGGAGUCUGCAGUUUCAUCAAAAGCACGACGACUCGCCCGCGUGCCUCGUCUGUGGAGCGCCCAAGGACGAUCGGGAGCACUACUUCUUCGACUGCGUUGACUCUAGGAACGUUUGGAUCGCGGCAAGGGGCGUGCUCUGCGACGCACUGGGGCUCGACACGAUCGACAACACGCAUUACACGGCCGUUCAACGCAUGUUCGGACUUCCGAAGCUCAAGGCCAGUCUGCGCGAUCAAGAAGGAGCGGGGAGGACGAUCGAAAUAUUCACCGGGCUGGUCUUGGAGAUGAUCAGCAGCGGGAGGUGGGGGAUGCAGAAGUGGGGGACGAGGAUGGAGGGUGUUGGGAGGAGGAGGAUAAUCUUGGAGGAGAGGUUGAAGCUGAGGGCGGGAGGAGCUUGGGGGAGGAGAAGGCAGUAG